CGAAACAGUUGCAAUGGAGCUCACCAUUUCCACCACCAAGGCUCCUUAUGGAAUCCUUGCACUCCUCGCACUAUCCCCAGAACUCGCUAAAGCCGUCCACUUGACCGCAAAUGACGAGACUGUUCUUGAAGUUUCCCCUCAAGUUUCCCUUGUUGGUACUGCUUCUGUGACGCGCUACCUUGCCCGUCGUGCCAACCUCUUUGACGAACAGUUGCCUGAAAACCAGGCAAAGGCUUUGCUAUUCGACAACCUGGUUGCCCUGGAAGAAUCUUCCAUUAUCAAUGCCGUCGAGAACCGUUCUUCCACCUUUUUGUAUGGCGCCGAACCUACCUCCCUUGACUUCCUUACUUGGGGUUCUCUUCUUGCAAUCGAGCGCAAGUCUACCAAAACUAGCUCCUUUGUCGAAGCUGUUGGCGCCACCACAGUGGCUAAAGAUGCUGCUGCUCUCCUUAAACAGCUUAAGUCUACCAGCAGCAACACCACCGCUGCCACUUCUGAUAAUACCCAACAGGUACCAGAGCUUCCCGAGACUUGCUCUAGCCCUUCUACAAACCCACUAGAUGCAUUCCGCAACUUGAUUGCUGUCAAACUGGCCGAAAUCAGCAAGGUUGACCGUGCCUUAAUCUAUGACGCUCUUGACGCCCCCCGUCAGAUCGAACACGGUGAUUUCGCUGUGGCAUUACCCCGUCUCCGUGUCAAGGGAAACCCUACUGCUUUGGCUAAGACUUGGGCUGAGGCUUUCCCAGUCUGUAACUAUAUCAGCAGCGUUACUGCUAUGGGGCCUUUUAUUAACUUCAAGAUCAACCCUGCUGAGCUUAUUCGCAGAACCACUCAGUUGGUUGCACACUCCGAGAACUAUGGUUUCAACAAAUCAGGUGCUGGUAAGACUGUCAUCGUCGAGUUCUCUUCUCCAAACAUCGCCAAACCAUUCCAUGCUGGACAUUUGAGAUCUACUAUCAUCGGUGGAUUCAUCCGUAACGUUUACAAUGCAAACGGCUGGAAGACUGUCGCUAUGAACUAUCUCGGUGACUGGGGUAAACAGUACGGUUUGUUGGCCAUUGGUUUCUCUCGCCAUGGCAAUGAAGAAGCUCUCACCAAGGACCCAAUUAAGCACUUGUACGAUGUGUACGUCCAGAUCAACCGUGACGCAGAGGCUGAACCUAGUAUUCACGACGAAGCCCGUGCUUACUUCAAGAAGAUGGAGGAUGGAGAUGAGGAGGCUCUUGCACUCUGGCGUCGUUUCAGAGAUCUUUCUAUCGUAAAAUACAAGGACGUCUACGCCCGACUCAACAUCUCUUUCGAUGUUUAUUCUGGUGAAUCACAGGUUGGAGUUGGUAUGCAGGAAGCUAUGGAGCUUCUCAAGAAGUGCAACCUCCUUGUUGAAUCAGACGGUGCCAAGAUCAUCGAUCUCAAGGCACACAAGCUCGGUGUUGCUGUAGUGGAAAAAAAGGAUGGUACAACACUUUAUCUUACUCGUGAUAUUGGUGCUGCCAAAGAACGUUAUGAGAAGUACAAGUUCGACAAGAUGAUCUACGUCGUUGCUUCCCAGCAGGAUCUCCAUCUCAAACAGCUCUUCAAGACCCUCGAGUUGAUGGGUUUCGAAUGGGCCAACAAAUUGGAGCACAUCAACUUUGGUAUGGUACAGGGUAUGUCCACUCGUAAGGGUACUGUGGUCUUCCUGGAAGAUAUUCUGGAUGAAGCCAAGGAUAUUAUGCACGAGGUUAUGAAGAAGAACGAGAAGAAGUACAAGGAAGUUGCAGACCCCGAGACUGUUGCCGACGAGAUUGGUAUUUCAGCUGUCAAGAUUCAGGACAACUCUGCCCGUCGCAUCAAGAACUACGAGUUUGACCGUGCACGUAUGUUCAGCUUUGAGGGUGAUACUGGACCAUAUAUCCAGUACGCUCACGCCCGUCUCAUGUCUAUUGAGCGCAAGAGUGGUUUGGAAGUUAACAAGGAUGCCGAUGUCAGCCUUCUCACCGAACAAGGAGCUAUUGAUGUUCUCCGCACUGUAGCCCAGUACCCAGAUCUUGUCCGCACUCUUAUGACCGGAUAUGAGCCCUGCAAUGUAGUCACAUACGCCUUUAAACUUGCUCACGAUAUUUCUGGUGUAUUCGACCAACUGUGGGUACGUGGUGCCGAACCUGCUGUUGCAGAUGCCCGCCUGUUGAUGUACUGGUGCGCUCGCGUCACCCUCGGUAACGCUAUCACUCUCUUGGGCCUCAAACCUCUUGAGAGAAUAAGCAACCCUCAUCCAGAUUGCAAGGAACUCUCAGACGUAGAGAAAGGCGAGAUUAUAAAUCUCAAUAUUGCAGGGAUGAUAGCUACGGACAGUAUUGAUCCAAAGAUCAGAAUGAAUGGUCCCAAGUAUAUUACGACUCUUGAGAAACAUAUCUUGCCCUUCUUAAACAGUCUUCCAGCUUCAGAAAAUAAGAACUAUAUUUUCCGAGAGGACCAUGAUUGA